CUGAACUAGCACACGUGAAUAACCUCUUGUAUCCGCACAGAAUGCGUAUAGUAAUCAAUUGCGCCCUUUCGCAUUGAUUGCUGCCGUCCGAUUGGGGGCAACCGUUAUCGGGGAGCAGUUGACGUCUCCGCGCGGUCAGCUUCGGCUUCGUUUUCGAAAUAAUCUGUCCCCUGGCAAUCACCUUCUUCUGCUCUCGUUUUCCCCCAGACGCCACCUUUGCUGCAAUUGUCUUUCAGUGUACUCUUUCAGAAUGCUCCAGCAAAGGUCAUUACGGUUGCUUUCUGCGCUGUCCCAUUCCUCCUCUCGUUCAAUUGCUGCCGCCCUGGGCGCAUCACUGCGAUGUCGGAGCCAGCGAGCUUACAGCAUCCACGCUGACGCUUCAGUCGGGACGACCAUUCAGGAUAUUGACCCUUCAAAGCUCACCAUCACCAAGACCACGACACCCAAGGCAUUGCUGCCCCCGGAGGAGCUGAUAUUUGGGCGCAACUUUACAGAUCAUAUGCUCUCGCUUGAAUGGACAGCAUCAGAAGGAUGGCUACCAGCCCGCAUCACUCCGUACCAGAACCUUAGUCUCGAUCCGGCGACCUGCGUCUUCCACUACGCAUUUGAGUGCUUCGAGGGAAUGAAGGCAUACAAGGACAAGAAUGGUGGUAUCAGGUUGUUCCGUCCGGACAAAAACAUGGCGCGAUUGAACAAGUCCGCUGCACGGAUUGCGCUACCCACGUUUGACGGCGAUGCCAUGAUUGACCUCAUUGGCAGGUUUGUCAAGUUGGAUGAGCGAUUUAUCCCACAAGCGCGCGGUUACUCGCUGUACCUCCGCCCGACCCUAAUCGGUACCCAGCGCACGCUCGGCGUUGGUCCACCUGCCUCCGCCCUGCUCUUCGUGAUUGCAUCGCCCGUGGGCCCAUACUACCCGACUGGAUUCAAGGCUGUGUCAUUGGAAGCUACAGACUAUGCUGUGCGAGCAUGGCCAGGAGGGGUUGGAGACAAGAAGCUUGGAGCCAACUACGCGCCCUGCAUCGUCCCCCAGAUGCAGGCAGCCAGCAGGGGCUUCCACCAAAACCUCUGGUUGUUCGGAGAGGAGGAAUAUGUGACUGAGGUCGGCACCAUGAAUCUCUUCGCAGCCAUCAGGAACAAGGAGACUGGGCAGCCGGAGCUGCUGACUGCGCCGCUGGAUGGCACCAUCCUGGAAGGCGUCACGCGAGACUCUGUCCUUUGCCUUGCGCGGGAGCGCCUUGAGCCCCAGGGCUGGAAGGUGCUGGAGCGCAAGUUCACGAUGAAGGAGCUUGCUGAUGCCUCCGACGAGGGACGCAUGAUGGAGGUAUUCGGCGCUGGUACUGCCGCAAUCGUCAGCCCUGUGCGACGAAUCAGCUGGAAAGGGCGUCUUGUUGAGUGUGGCCUUCCGGACCAUGUCGAGUGCGGCCCACUUACCCAGCAGGUCAAGGACUGGAUAGAGGCUAUUCAAUAUGGUGAUGAGAAGCAUCCUUGGAGCUACACAGUGCCCCAAUAGAGGCUGGCAGCGCAUAUAGAUUGCAGCAUUAGAGCAACGAGGGGACGCCUCCAGCUCCCGUCGUGUCGGGGAGGGUAGGGCUUGUAGACGGGAGAAGGUUUUCCAUUUCUGAAAAUACCACGUGGAGCGACGUACAAGCGGGCGGACGUUUCCAGCGAAAGAGCGUAUACUCAGAGGAGGCCUGGCACUUGAUAGGGAAUAUGCCUGGUCAGAAUUGCUUCCUCUUUGCCUGUGCCCGCGAGCGCUGCAGCGUGCCUGAGGCUUGCUGUGACG